AUGAAUGAGCUAAAGUUGAGGCUAGGGCUAGCAGCCGAAGCCACUUGGACUGAAGUCCAGGAAGCCUUCAUUACAAGGCUUUUUGAACUUCAGGCCGAGCAGGCUGAGGUGGCUCGGCUGUUUCAACUCGCAAGAGUUGAACAGUCGAGCCAGCCAACCCAGCCCUCAAGUCCGCAACACUCGGACGGAUGCCCUUGGGCUCCAGAAGAGUUGAGACGGCGCUUUGAUGCGGCUACAACAGUCGCUCAAAGGAAGGGCUCGCGUCCUCUUUGCCAGAGCCUUCGUCCGGAAGGCGGCCGCCGCUACAUGCACAUGCGGCUUUUUUGA